GGCGCGCCUGGGUUUCCUUGAGGCAGAAGUUGGGCCGGGCUUCCUUCGCAGUGAGCCAGCCUUUCCGUGGGAAGCGCAUUCCUGCGGGGGCGCCCUGUCUCCGUCCUGCCUCUGCCCAUUAAAAAGUGAUUUCCCCUCCUUCCCUCCCUCCCUCCCUCCUCCUCUUUCCCCUUCCCUUCCCAUCCUGGAGGCGGACUCCUCCGGAGUUUAAAGGAGCGCAAACGGCCAGCGCGGGAGAAGAAGCAGCAGCAGCAGCAGGAGGAGGAGAAGCAGCCGCGCUUUGUUCUUGGGCAGAGGAAGGAAGGAAGGAAGGAAGGGGAGCGAUUGAGGCAGCGAGACCCACCCGGGAGGCUCCUUUGGGCGAGCUGGCGGAGGAGGAGAGCAUCCCAGGGCCGCUGCCUCCCUGCCUGCCUUCUCAGGCCUCCCUGGCUCUCUUCCCGGGAGGAUGCUGGAGAGCGGCGGCGUGUGCAAGCCGGUGAAGGAAGGCGUCCUGGAGAAGCGCAGCGACGGCUUGCUGCAGCUGUGGAAGAAGAAGCGCUGCGUCCUGACCGAGGAAGGGCUCCUGCUGAUCCCGGCCAAGCCCGAGCCCGGCGCCCCCUCCUCGCCGCCCUCCUCGGAGCCGGCGCCCAAGAUCAAGGAGCUGCCCUUCGCCACCAUGAAGACGGUGGACUGCGUGGAGCGCAAGGGCAAGUACGUGUACUUCACGGUGGUGAUGGCCGAGGGCAAGGAGGUGGACUUUCGCUGCGCGCAGGAGCAGGGCUGGAACGCCGAGAUCACGCUGCAGCUGGUCCAGUACAAGAACCGCCAGGCCAUCCUGGCCGUGCGCUCCACCCGCCAGAAGCAGCAGCACCUCGUCCUCCAGCAGCAGCAGCCACAGCAACCCCCCAUGCCCGGCGGAGGGGCCCGGCUCCGGAGCGCCUCCAACUCCGCCUGAGAGGGCCCGGCUGCUCCCCUCUCGCUCCUCCUCGCCUCCUGGAAAGCAGCCCCCCUUCGCCCCCGUCCCAGAUAGAAGCAGGACGCUUCCCCGAGCAAAGCCUCUGGACAGCUCGCCCUUUGCUUGCUCCGUCCCGCAAAACGCGCCUUAAUACGCCUCCGCCGCCUUGGCCCCCCUUCACAUCCAGCGCCCUGGACCUCCUCCAAAGCCAA